AUGGCGAGUAAAAAACAUGACAAUCAUUUUAGCUUGUGGAAUAUUAUACUUAUAGUCCAAUUAGUCAUUUUCGUAGCUUUCGUGGGUUACUAUUCUCUCCCGGCGGUUAUCGUUUGGAUCGAUUGGCUCCGUAUGUUUCUAAGAAACAUUUUCUUCGUUUUCCUCUUUGCUAACGCCCUCAUCCUUUUGAUUUAUGUUUUAUAUUUGUACACAACCCCCGAAAAAAAGCAACUAGACUUGUACGAUCAAUAUAUCGCCGCCGCUCCCGCCGUCGUCCGUACUUCGCCGGAGGAUCAUUAUAACGAGACCGUUGUUAGAGAUUAUGAUGAUAAUCAUGGAUAUGAUAACAAUGAUGUCGUAACGGCGUUUCGAAAUACGGUUGAGACUGUUACGGAGAGUCUUAGUUACGAUCGAGUAGCGAUGGAGGUGAGUAGUUCCAAGAGUUACAGGAAGACGAGGUCGGAGAAGAAGGCGAGGAUGGUGGAGUAUCAUCGGAGGACUGAAUCGGAGAGAGUGACGAAGAAAACGGCGUCGUGGAGGUCGCAGACGAUGGAAGGGAUGAGCAGCGAUGAGUUUCGAAUGACGGUGGAGACUUUUAUCAUGCAGAACAAGAGGAUGCUUCUCCAUCAAUACGGCGUCGCUCAUCAGCCGCAAAACGACGUCGUUGAUUAUCAGUGGCAAAACGGCGUCGCUGGCCAGUGGCUCCCUGAGCAAGAAUACGGCGGCGCCGCCCUUCCGUGGCAAAACGGUGUUCCUCAUUGGCAAAACGGUGUCGUUCAGUGGCAAGGGCGGCCUCAUGAGUCAUGACGAUGGAACUGGUCGUCAUCGUAGUCGUAGUCGUAGGCUCGUGGGCGGCUCUAACUCUGCUGGUUCUAGUUCGUACUUGGCUAUUUC